AUGCUUGACAACAAAGCCACUGGAGACAAUAAUACUUUUUGGACUAAAGUAACAGAUGCAUUUAUGGAUCUCGACUAUACUUGGAAUGUCUCAGCGGAUACAUCUUUUAGUGGGGACGAAUACAGCGACGAUAGUGAUAGCGCUGAAGCCGACGAUGUGAGCGAUGAGAUGUUGCUAGCACGCGUAGCAAAGCAAGCUCAGAAAAUACGUGAGUGUCGCAUAGCAAACAGUCAAUUCCCAGCACCGCCUUCAGUCGAGGCUUGGAAAAAAGAUUGGAACAUUUAG